AUGAUUCCGCGCUACGACGGCCUUGUUCCCGCCAUUCGGGGACCGGCGCCCGCGUGUGCCGUUGCCUCCGCCAAUGCAACUCCAUCUUCGACGACGAAGCGCACAGCGGUAGCCACCACAGUGACCCGCUAUGCCAUUUGCCCUGUCGAUAAAGCCAGCACGGAGAAUGCGCACGUGAACGCGGCGGCGGAGCGCGAACGGCGUCUGUUUGCGUUCCUUCCCUCUGUCGACUGCACCACGCCCCCGUGUGAGCUGCGGGUGUCCUCACAUUACUUUGAGGACUCCCUGGAUGCAUCCGUCGUAGGCAGUGACGCCGACAGCGGCGAGGACUUGGAUGAGAAUGAGGAAAGCCACACCACGGCUAGGCGCGCCAACGCGCGCGAAGAUGACGCGCACGGCAGCAACAGCGGCAGUCGCAAGCGGCGCCGUGCGCGUCGGCGAGAGCCGAUGCGACUCGAGUACGACGGCCUCCUCACACCAUCGGCCAGGGGAGCUACCAAGUGUGUGCGGCUUGUUUCCACACCGGCCUCCGAGUACAGUCAUUUGACGUGUGUGCUGCUGCAGCUGCCCAUGACGUGGCGCAAGCAGGAUAUCGAUGAGGGCGAGGGCCAUGGAAGGACAGUGUACUCGUCAUCUUCGUCCACGUCAAAGCCACUCAUCACCUCCACGCCGCUCCGACGGCCGAUACUGCAACUGUGGGGCGAGAGGAACACGGCUGCUGCCGGCCCGAGCGAUGGACCUCUCUUCUCCGGCAGCAGUGCCGCUAGCAUCUCGGCCGCCUGGGGCUCUGACACACCUCUGCGAAUCAGCAAGAAGGACUGGAAGACAAUGGACGUGGCCGAAGCAGAUCUGCAUAAGCCCACCAACUGGUCGGACGAUGACGGCGGUGACGUCAGCGACGAAGGUCGAGGAAAGUCGUCAAGGGGCGCAGACGACACCAUCUCUGCACGCGCACGCAAGCGAGAAAGAGAGGAGGCGACGAACAUUGCAGUGCGCUCCUUCCUCGCAGGCACGAAGGAAGCCCUGCGACAGCAAGGCGCCGCCAGGGCUUCGGAUGGGUUCGCGCAGCCACAGCCGACGGUGCGCAGCGACAACGCGGCACCUGUGGGUGCGCGAGUAGAGACCUCUGCACCGGUAAAGGCAGCUGCAAAGCGAGCGGCCGCAACUGUCCCGCUAUCGUCUGAUUCUUCGGGGUCACUGGUGCAGUCAUCGGUCGCUACCCCUGCGGUGCCCCCAACCCAGGCUCUUGCUACUAACUCUGCGGCACCGCGGCCGUCUUCUGCUGCUGCGCCGCCAGAUGGCUCCGCAUCAUUGGACUCACUUGCGUGCACCGUAGUGACAGGAAUGCAGUCGAGCGAGGCCCGUACAACGGCGACGCUGAUGGAGCUGCAGAGGCGCAUUCUGAAGCAGCUGCCGGAGUUUGCUGCCAUGAGCCAAAAGAUGAAGUCGUCCGCAACGAAGCAGGAGGCUGUAGCGUGGUUUCAGACAUCGCAGCAGGCACUGCGGGCGUGGUUGGUGGAGCAUGGCCACGCCAUCAACUCCGACGGGACGGUCACCUUUGGGGAUGUGUAA